CUCGAGCGCCCCGACAAAAAAUCUCAGCUUUCUCCAUCGCAUCCAUUCGAUCCAUCCAACUAACGAUACCGAACAUUGGGCCCUUCGCCCACGCCGAAAAGGUAGCUUACCAUGACUUGAACGGGGCCAUCAUCGCCUUUGCCGUGCAGAAUGCUGCUUUCAAUACGUGGGACGGCAAGAGGAGAUGCGCCCGUCGCCAGCUUCGUCCGUCUUGCGCGCCACCGCGCUGUCGGCCGCCGUUCGAGAUAUCUGACGUCGUUGCUGUCCCGCCGAUCAGAGUCCACAGUCACCAGUCCGGAUCUCUCGGUCUCCUCAACCGCGCGUUUCAACGAGAUUGGCGUCCAGCAGCUCAGCGCGCGAAUCUACGAGCAGCUCUUUCCCCGCGGCAACACCUCCCCGCCCUCCCCCGAGCUUAUUGAGCUUGCGCGCGAUCAUCUUCGCCGUCACGAUCUGCUCGGCAAGAACACCGACAACACGCCGCCUAUUGCCUUCGACUUACCGCCACUGGCAGGCGAAACUCUCGAUGAACACUUUCACAAACUAGGCAUCGACGCCGCCGAGCCGUUCCUCACUCAUGCGAAGCAGCUGGCGCGCUCGACCCUGCCGCCGAAGCCUCGAACAUGGGUGCGCCGGAGCGGCUGGACAAAGUACUAUCCCGAUGGCCGCACCGAGGAGGUCGACGCGCCCGAGGGCAACAUGCUCGUCUUUGAUACCGAAGUCAUGUGGAAGGACAGUCCCUUUGCCGUCAUGGCCUGCGCUGCCACCCCAGAGGCCUGGUAUGCAUGGCUUUCGCCGUGGCUGCUGGGCGAGACGGAGAAUGACCGCCAGCUCGUACCGCUUGGAGACCCCACCAAGGAGAGGGUGAUUGUUGGCCACAACGUCGGCUUCGACCGGGCUAGGAUAUUGGAGGAGUACCACUUACAACAAACAAGGAAUUCUUUCCUCGACACAAUGUCGCUCCACGUCGCCGUCAACGGCAUGUGCUCGCAGCAGCGGCCCACCUGGAUGAAGCACAAGAAGAACAGGGAGUUGAGGGACAAGAUCUCCAAGGAGACGAGCAACGUCGAACUGGUCGAGUUGCUGAACAGCGGCGCUUUCACAGCCGAGGAGGAGGAGCUAUGGGUGGAGAGGAGCUCCAUCAACUCUCUUCGGGAUGUCGCCAAGUUCCAUCUCAAUGUCACCAUCGAUAAGGAGAUUCGGGAUUCCUUUGGCGAGCUGAACCGGGAUGGGGUGAACGGGAAACUGGAUGAACUGCUGACCUACUGCGCAGCCGACGUCGCCAUAACGCACCGCGUCUACCAGAUUGUGUUCCCCAACUUCCUCCGCGUCUGCCCUCACCCCGUCAGCUUCGCUGCGCUUCGUCAUCUCGCGUCUGUGAUUCUGCCCGUCAAUCAGUCUUGGGACUCAUACCUCGCAAACGCAGAAGCUACAUACCACAAGCUCUCCGAUGCCGUACAGGAGCGCUUGGUCUUGCUCACCGAGAAGGCGCUUGAGAUCAAGGACGAUUCCGCAAAAUGGAGCACCGACCCCUGGAUGAAGCAGCUGGACUGGUCAGGCCAGGAAAUCAAGAUGGUCAAGGGGAAGAAGAAGGGCGACCCGCCCCGUCCCGCAGCGAGACAGAAGAAGCCCGGCAUGCCCAAGUGGUACAAGGACUUGUUCCCCAAAACAGACUCUCCUAUAAACAUCUCGGUCCGUACCAGGAUAGCCCCGCUGCUCCUCCGCCUGGCUUGGGAUGGCUACCCAUUGUUUUGGUCGGAGAAGUACGGCUGGACGUUCAGGGUUCCACGGGACGGCGUGAAGAAGUAUACGGAAAAGCAGAUGGUGCCGUGCGAUUUUAGCGAUGAGCCCAUUUUGGCACUGAAAGAAGACAGAGACCACGUCUACUUCAAGCUGCCCCACAAGGACGGCCCCACGGCUCGGUGUGUUAACCCGAUGGCCAAGGGGUACCUCUCAUAUUUCGAGAAGGGUACUCUUUCGUCCGAGUAUCCCUAUGCGAAGGAAGCGCUCGAAAUGAACGCCUCGUGCUCUUACUGGAUCAGCGCGCGUGACAGGAUCAUGUCUCAACUUGUGGUUUAUGAGACUGACCUGCCGUCGGGCGACGUCUCGGACAAGACCGUCUCGCAGCCGAACGAGGAGGGAAAGUUUGGCGAGAAUCCGGUCGGUGGCUUUAUCUUGCCUCAGGUCAUCCCUAUGGGCACAAUCACCCGGCGCGCCGUCGAGAACACCUGGCUCACGGCAUCCAACGCCAAGAAGAACCGUGUCGGUUCGGAGCUGAAAGCCAUGGUCCGCGCUCCGCCUGGCCACGUCUUCGUGGGCGCCGAUGUCGAUUCGGAGGAGUUAUGGAUCGCUUCCGUGGUAGGCGAUGCCACCUUCAAAAUCCACGGCGGCAAUGCCAUCGGCUUCAUGACGCUCGAGGGAACCAAGGCCGCCGGGACCGAUCUCCACAGCCGGACGGCGUCCAUUCUGGGCAUCACCCGGAACGACGCAAAAGUGUUCAACUACGGCCGCAUUUACGGGGCGGGUCUCAAAUUCGCUGCCCAACUCCUCCGGCAGUUUAACCCCAGCCUGAGCGAGAAGGAGACAUUAACAAUCGCCAGCAAGCUCUACGCCACCACCAAGGGAACAAAGACCAACCGCAAGUCCUUGUACAAACGCCCCUUUUGGCGCGGUGGCACCGAGUCCUUUGUCUUUAACAAGCUUGAAGAGUUUGCCGAACAGGAACGACCUCGCACCCCUGUCCUCGGGGCAGGUAUCACCGAAGCCCUCAUGGGCCGCUUCGUGAGCAAAGGCGGCUACCUCACGUCGCGCAUCAACUGGGCCAUCCAGUCGAGCGGCGUCGACUACCUGCACCUGCUCAUCGUAGCCAUGGACUAUCUAACCCGCCGCUUCAACCUCGCGGCCCGCCUUGCCAUCACAGUGCACGACGAGAUCCGGUACCUCGUUAAGGAGCACGACAAGUACCGUGCCGCCAUGGCGCUGCAAGUCGCCAACCUCUGGACGCGCGCCAUGUUUGCCCAGCAGGUGGGCAUCCACGACCUGCCGCAGAGCUGCGCCUUCUUCUCGGCCGUAGAUAUCGACUCGGUCCUGCGGAAAGAAGUAGACAUGGACUGCGUCACCCCGAGCAACCCCAUCCCUAUCCCUCCCGGAGAAAGCAUCGACAUCACCACUCUCCUCCAAAAGGGGCCCCUCGCCCGCUUGGACGAGUCGGUCGUUCCCGACCCGCGCCACGCGCCCAAGCUGUCAGACAUCCCCUACACCCCACGCAAACCGGUCAUGCAGGAAUUGCGCGAAGCUGAGGCCGCCGAGGCUGGCAGCGAACCCACCGCGGAAAUGAGAUUUAUCCGCGCGCAAAUUGUGAACGAUGAGAAGGAAUUCAGAGAGAUCCUCAAGGAGACGCGCAAGCCUGCUAUUCCCACUACUGCUGCGGCUGCCACUUCAACCAAGAAACCCACCACUACCACUACCACUACCACUAUCACUACCACUACCACUACCACGAUCGGAGGCAUCACCACCGCCGCCACAGCGAAGAGGACCUCUGAUAAGAAGAAACCGGUCUUUCAGCCCUACUACACCUCCCCGCGCGGCCUCAUCCCCGCCCAGGCGGCGCGCGAGCCAAUGUCGGUCGCUGAAGCUAUGGGCGCCGUGCCCGGCCGCUUCCGGAACGGGAGCGGCAGGUACUGGGACUGGAAGCUGCGCGGUGGAAGUGGGACAGGGGCUGGCGCAGGGGCUGGAGCCGGGGCGGCUGCUGGUGGUGGGGGAGUGGGAGUGGCUGGGCACCGGGGGAAGUGGACAUAGGCUUUGAUUUGCUUUGAGGUUGGCCUGUUGUGUAUAGAUAUUAUAUACGUGUGUAUGAGUGAUCUUGGAAUGUAUUAUUGGUAGAUGAAUUCGGUAUUGUCCGUUAGGGAGGAGAGCUGGAGGAUAGAGGGGUGGGGUAGUCAGUCAAUCUAGUCUACGUACGACUACGACCUGGUGCAUUGAUGGCGUGGGUUAGGUUGGGUUGGGUUGGGUUUUUGUUGGUGUUGGGGUGGUUUGGUUUGGUUUGGUUUAGCUUGGUUUGGGGAUUGAGAGACGGGGACCAUGGGACGAAGGUUAAAAGCAUUACUGCUACGCCUCCCUUCACUUGUACAUGCAUACAGUAUCGGUACUAUCUCUACUGCUAUAAUCCUGCUGCUGGCAACCCAACAUAUACGUUAUAUU